ACCAUGAAGACGAAAAUUUUUUCCUUCCUUUUGCUCUUACCAUUUACAACCACACUGUAGUCCAAAAGUUAGUAAUAAUGCCAUAAACGACUAAAUCUAUGUACUUAGAACAAAGAAAAACAAAGUUUGCCGAAAUAUCUGCUUAAAAGGAAUCGCCAAAGUAGCAGUAAUAGAACCAGCACCCCAUCAGCCUCAAAAUGAACUUCCGAGGUAACCAGUCAAGAUGGCGUUCUGAUAGUAAUAAUGAACACUGCCACUGGAACAAUAGUGAACCAUGGAAUCAAGAUCGGCAACCGCAGGACUUCACCAGACAUUCUCAACAGGAAGUUGGGUUCAGUCCUUCAUCUCAUAGCAGUCAUUCUCCAGCCCCUAGCCAAUCAUUGCAACAGCCAGACAAUUCACAAAUUGGCCAAAGAUACAGGCCUCCUAUGUCACUUAUUCCAAAACAAAGUGGACAGUCUUCAGGAUUCUUGUUAUCAAAUGAUCCACAGCAAUUCAAAGAGGAUAUUUCACUGUCGGAUCAUAUUCAGUCUUACCCAAGACAUCCAGCUGCUGCACCCCCGGAACAGAUAGGUCAUCAAGGUGCAGGUGAUGUGCAUCGGACAUUCUAUUCCAACCAGCAAGGCAGUACUUACUACUAUCAACAUCAAGAAAACUCCAAUGAUCAGAAUGAUAGACAGCAAUGGAAGCCUCAACAGUCUAUGAAUCAAAGCCAAUAUAACUAUUCUGAUCCGAUUCCUGAUGUUCAGUAUACCUCCAGUGUUGGUUACCAAGGUCGAAUUGAUUUUAGAGGCAAUCAUCAGGAAGAUAAUUAUGGUGAUUAUUGUCAUUCAUAUAAUCCAGCUGCUAAUAAUGCUGGCACCAGAAGUGGGAGUCCUCUUGAACGAUAUGCUCCUCAUGAUCAAGUAGGGCCUUCAGGAUUCCCUUCACUAAAUGUUCCACAAGGCCAACACUCCACACAAAGUCAAAUCCCCCUUCCUAUUUUAAACGAAGAAAAAGAAAGAACAUUCCCAGUUGUUGAUUUUCAAAAUAGAUAUCCUAAAAAUGUCCUUAAGGGUGAUGGAGGAAAGACUGCGUCAGAUGUGGAAUCACUUGAUCAGCAAGAUCAGAGAUGGAUUGACUCGUGGUUGAGGUCAAAGAGAGUCCAGGGAAGGAGGAACAAAAAAUCCAUAGAUACUGAUAUAAAGAUUCCUGUCAUCCGACAUCUUCUCAAACAAUGCUUUGGUUUGCUUGAUGAUUUGAAGAAAUUGAAAGACUCACUUACUGAUUGUGAAGGAGAUGAGGAAACAUGGUCUGAACAGAAGUCAAGAGCUUUACAACUGCAGGGUGAACUUGAGAGGGUCCAGAGCAAGCUUGAUAAGAACACCAUGGCAGCAUUUCGAGAGAAGUUGGAGAGGAGAACAAAGAAAAAGUCUUGGAGGAAGAAGAGGAAUGCUAUCCUUACAGAGGAACGCGAGGAGAAGCUUGUGAGGCGGCAACAACUUCAUGACAAAAUCGAUGCCGAACUGGGGGCAAAGAGGCAGAAGAUUACUGAUGCACAAAAGGAGAAAGAGAUGAAGGCAGGAGCUGACAAAACUCUAUCAGAAGUCAGAAAGAAAUUGUCAGAUGCUAAUAAAUCUCUCGAUCUACUCAGGUCUUUGAAGAAACUCCGGCAGAUCAGGAAAGAUUCAGCUGUCAGAAAAGGCAUGUUCUACCCAGCAGAAUGUGACAGGAACUUUGAAAGACAAGUUUUUGACCUGAUUAAGAUGAUGGAGACACAGAAGAAGACAUAUGAGGAUGAGGAAAAGACGCUUCAGGUCAUCCUAGAAAUGGAACAACAAGAAAACCUUGAGAAAGAGCGGGAACAGUUUAAAAACCGAGAAGAGCAGAAGGUCAGGAAGAAACAGAAUAGAAAUCUAGAGCUGCUGUUUGGAAAAGAAGAUGUUCCUGAUGAAACAGACCCACUUCGACCCUUCCACAAUUACUAUCUACAGGCAGAGCAAUCGUUACAGUCUUUACUUCAUAUCAGGAGAGAAUGGGAUACCUUCACAGUACCAGAUCAUGUCAUAGGUGGCAGCAGCAUUCCACAAGGCUGGGUGGUUCCCUAUGAACCCACAGAUGAAGUUUGGGCAUCAGCGUUAAAGAAUAAGAGAUGACAUUGAUAAUUUAUUGAUUAGAGACUUUCCUGUCCACAUCAUUAUGAACAUUAACCUCCACACAUGACAGAGUAAGAGACAUUGAUUAUUGAAACAUAGUAGCAUAGUUCUCUAGUGCACAUUGUUAAUGAAUGGUGUGACUUGUACUUAUUUCGUUAUUCUCUAUCAUUGUUGAAUAAAAUACCCAUGA